CUAGUCUACUAGUUCGUACACAAGACUCAAAACACAGAGUCUUUGGGUUUUCGUACUGAAGAAGAAUCAGCAUCUCUACUUUGCAGCUCAUCAAUUCUUUCUUCCUCUUCAGGUAGCCAGGGACUACACAAAUCUUUGGCUGAAACACUGAUGGCACUUCUUCCUACAUCAUCUUUUGGAUUAUCAUCAGAGCCCUUGGAACAAAGUGGGACACCGGUGGCAAACACAAACACGAAAGCACCAACACCUCUCUCCUUGCAAAGCCCAAAUUCUUCACAGGGACCAGUGGCAAUUCUUUGGGACAUUGAAAACUGUCCAGUUCCAAGUGAUGUACGCCCUGACGAUGUGGCUGGCAACAUCAGAAUGGCUCUGCGGGUCCAUCCUGUGAUCAAAGGAGCAGUUACGCUUUUUGCUGCCUAUGGAGAUUUUAAUGCUUUCCCCAGGCGAUUAAGAGAGGGCUGCCAGAGAACUGGUGUUAAACUUAUAGAUGUCCCCAAUGGCAGGAAGGAUGCAGCUGACAAAGCCAUCUUGGUUGACAUGUUUCUUUUUGCUCUUGACAAUCCUCCACCCUCGUCCAUUAUGCUAAUAUCUGGAGAUGUUGAUUUUUCUCCUGCACUGCACAUUCUUGGUCAACGUGGAUACACUGUGAUCCUUGUCAUUCCUGCAAAUGUUGGUGUUUCGUCUGCUUUAUGUAAUGCUGGAAGGUUUGUAUGGGACUGGCCAAGUGUCGCUCGAGGCGAAGGUUUUGUGCCUCCUGCAAAGGCCAUUAGGGGUGGUGUCUCAGACAUUACUGGGAUUCUAAUGGGUUGUUGCCAGAUUAAUGACAACUCAGAUUAUCAGCAUGAAGAUGAAGCAAUACUGUAUAGGGGUCUCUCACAGAGCUACUAUAAUGCAAGGGAUUUCUCAAUGAUAUCACAUUCUCUGGCUGAAUAUAAUACCACUUCAAUUUCCAUGCCAUGUUAUCCUAUGGGUACGCGGACUCAUAGUCUUCCUUCUGGUUUAAAUGAAGGAGGUCCAUCUUCACAGGAUCAGAGUGAAUUGACAUGGGUGCAGCCUGGUAAUAUAAAUGGUUUGAAGGGGCAGCUGGUGAAGUUGCUUGAAUUAUCUGGUGGCUGCUUGCCUCUUACACGAGUUCCUGCAGAAUACCUGAAAAUUUAUGGGAGGCCUCUUUAUAUUUCAGAAUAUGGUUCAGCUAAGCUCGUGAAUCUUCUCAAGAAGAUGAGUGAUACAAUUUCUGUCGGGGGAAAAGGCCAAAAGAAGUUUGUCUACCUCUAUAAUUCAUGUGCUUUACCAAGUGCUCCCCCCAUAACUAUUUUAAAAAGAGAUAAUAAAGGAAAAGGAACACAAGAGGGAAAUGCCGAUAUUGUGACUGGGGUUGGAUCUUCGGAUGAGUUCUCAGAUGAUGAAAGAGGACUCGUAAAAGAGCGUGGGGGGAGCUGUGAGAAAUCUGAUAUGGGUCCAAUAGUUGAAAAAAGCCUUGAAAAUUUCAAGUAUGAACUUCAAGAGAUACUUGUUAGCUACUCUUGCCGAAUUUUUCUUGGUUGUUUUGAGGCAAUAUAUCAACAAAGGUACAAGAGGCAAUUGGACUACGAGAGCUUUGGAGUGGCUGAACUUGAGCAGCUACUAGCGAAGGUGAAAGAUGUUGUGAUUGUGCAAGAGGAACCAGUUAGCAAGAGGAAGUUUCUGGUUGCUGUUGGUGCCUAGAAGUGUUUGUCGUUUCAUUUCUUGACUAUUUACUGUCUUAACUAACUUGGGACUUAUGAUGAGGUAUUUGUUGUCGCUACCUUGUCCUCAUUGUCCUUGUCAUUUUUUUGUUUUCUCUUCAGUAUGACAAAAGAAAAGCUGAAGUCAUGUUUGUCAUUUCUUCUUCACCAUGACUUAGUUUGUUCUAUAAUGUCAGAAGUUCCUAUGUAACACCAGAACAAUGGGAGAUCUCUGUGUAUAUUUAUCUCUCGCUGCUUUCAUCUAAAUACAUGCUAGAAUGUGUAAAUUAUUCAAGCUAGUUUGCGCAGGAGGUGCUUUUUUCCCUCAUCAUGGUACAUGUCAAUGAUGGAAGCAAGAUUGCUUUUCUAUGAAUUGUUCUUUUUGCCGUAUGUAACUUGGAUCUGUAUUCUGCUUCUAAAUUCAGUGUGACACGUAUCUCUUCCCCAUUUCGUACCAAAGUCUAUGGAAUUAGUCAAAGUUUUUCAUAAGUGUAUUUGCAUUGGGAAAACACACUUUAGCUCAUCUCAUGGUUCUUGCAAACUCUUUGCCGUGAAGAGACUGUUUUCAAAGCUUAAGCCUUGUGCCAUUGGAGGGAUGUUGAAGUUAAAGAAGGGCCGUUCUCCAUGCAAAAGCUCCCAUGAUGGUGUCAAUUAUGGCAGGCCAGUCUAGCAAAAGUAGGAUCAUUUUUGUCACAUUCUUCAAUUUGUUUAUGGUUUGUGUACCAUAUUGAAACUCCGGCAGAAGCCUGUGAUGGAAAAGAUAGUAAAUCUCUGAUUGGAAAAUAGGGGAGAAAGGAUACAGGUCCAAAAUGUGAUUGAUAGCCUUGGUUUACUGUCAUCCGAAAAUGAGCUGUAACUGUAAGUUGGGCAAUAGCUAUGAAUUUGGUCGUGUGAACAUCUAAAUGGGUGGAGAUAUGCAACGUCCAUGACUAUAACAAGACCUAGUUGGAUGUCAACAGCAGUAGCAUCCAGAGUCAUAGGGUCCAUAUGAUCAUGUCAUAUGGAGUAACUUAAACAGUCAGUCAAGGACUUGAGUCAUAUGGUUGCAUGCACUUCGAUGUUGCUCCUUGAGGCGUAAAGUUUGUCAUGAAACUCCAACUGUGUUUAUCCUUUGGAUUGUUUCAUUCUGCGGAAAAUGGUGGCUGUAGUUUAAUCACAUAGUUUGGGUAUUUAAGCUAGACGUGGGCUAGGAGCACUUUGCUCGAUGUAGCAGAUGCUUGCCACGUGCAAAAGCGUCAUAGAAAGGGUUUUGAAAGAAUUAUUCUUUCCAAUUGUUCUGGUUUUGGAAGGAAUAUUGUUUAACAGCUUCUGUUGCUCUUUGUCAACAUAAGCUUGGAGCUAUUCAGUUGCUUCUGUGGGAAACAUUUGUUCUGUAGGUGGAUUAUGCUAUAUAAUUGAUGGGAAGGAAUGGUUCAUUUGUCAGCAAAUUUUCAUAUGGUCAAUUUUCCUUGUACAUUAAACUGGUUUCGUUUGGUUUCUUCUUCCCUCCUCCCAUGGCAAGUUUAUUAUGUAUAUAGCCUAUGCCACACCCCUCCUUGCUCAGGCAAGGCUUGAGAAACUUUUUUAUAUGCCCAUGUUUGACUGGAUGAUGCUAAAGGUUUAUUUGUUUGGUUAGUA